CGCUGAAUUUCAACUGGAAUAAAUUCUUUUGCUACAAAUAGAGAAAUUUGUACUGCAACGUUCUACAAGAGGGUGUUAUUUACAAUUUCAUCGACAACAAUAAGAUAUUUCAAGCGGAUAAUUGACAGGCUUCCAAACCAAAAUUUAGAGACUCUGAUCGCUCGAUGUUGUGCUGACAUCCGAAGAUGAGUUAACGGUUAGCCGAAGAUGAUCCCGGGCGUGGGCGGAGUGCCACGAGCGCGGUUAUUUGCACUUCUCCUGCUGACGCUGGUGGAAGUGAUAGCGCGCGCUCUAGGCGACCCCGCUCCCUACGUCGGCCGUACCGCCCCGCAAGGCGGUGGUGCUCUGUAUUCUUCUAAAGCCGCUGGAAUUUUCUUCGGCAACAAACAAAAUGACGUCACGAGCGUCACCACACAGCUGGCGAGAGCCGGUGGGAGUAGUGUCGGUGCGUCCAGCGACCUCUGGAUACAUCCGGAGGAUGGCGAGGCGCUACCGGUCGGUGCUCCCCGAAUCGAACGAUCCACAGCCAAACGGCAUUCGGCUGCGGCGACGGACACUGGAUCGAAGUAUAACUUCCACUUCGCGCACGCGGUGUACAACGUGUCGAUACCGGAGAACAGCGUCAUCAAGACGUACGCCGUGCAGCCACCGAACGAGGACCGGAUGGGCAUCCACGUGACGCCGGAUCUGGAGGUGAAGUACAAGAUAGUGUCGGGCGACAAGGACAAGUUCUUCAAGGCGGAGGAGCGCGCGGUGGGUGACUUCGUCUUCCUGGCCAUCCGGCUGCGCACGAACAACAUCGUGCUGAACCGGGAGAAGGGCGACAGCUAUCGGUUGGAGGUGAAGGCAACCGGGACGCGUCGUGAGGGGAAGAGUCGCAUCUCGCUCGAGGCCGACACGGUGAUCGACGUGCGGGUACUGGAUGCCAACGAUCUCAGCCCGCUGUUCUAUCCCACCGAGUACUCGGUCGCCAUCACGGAGGAUACGCCGCUGCACAAGAGCAUCCUGCACGUGGUGGCCGAGGACGCGGACCUUGGACUGAACGGCGAGAUUUACUACAGCAUCCUGGACGAGACGGAGCAGUUCGCGGUGCACCCGACGACGGGGGUGAUCACGCUGACGCGUCCGCUUCGGUUCACGGACAGUGCGCUGCACGAGCUGAUGGUUGUGGCCAACGAUCGAGGCAUCGGAUCGACGAGAAACCAGGCGAGCAAGGCGCGCGUCAAAAUUAAAGUCUUGCAGGUGAACCUUUUCGCUCCGGAGUUUAAGAUCCGGGCACUGCCGGACAUCCUGGAAAACUCGAACACAAACAUUUUCGGCAUCGUGCUGGUAACGGACAAGGACAAGGGUGUGCACGGGCAGAUCAAGAGCCUGGACAUCGUGGACGGCGACCCGGAUGGGCACUUCCGCAUCAAGCCGACCAACCGGCCGGGCGAGUAUGUGAUUGAGGUGCACCGGCUGCUCGACCGGGAGACGGCCCCGGCUGGCUACAACCUGACGCUGCGAGCCGUCGACCGGGGCAUUCCACCCAAGCAGGCGUACAUUGUGACGCCGGUCCGGCUGGCCGACAUCAACGACAACGCGCCGGUCUUCAAUCGAGAGAUCUACGAGGUGUCGGUGCCGGAAACGUCUCCACCGAACACGCCCGUCAUCCGGCUCAAGGUGACCGACCGGGACGAGGGCAAGAACGCGAAGGUAUUCCUGGAGAUCGUGGGCGGCAACGAGGGUGGCGAGUUCCGCGUGAACCCGGAGACGGGCAUGCUGUACACGGCGGUGCCGCUCGAUGCGGAGCAGAAGGCGUUCUACACGCUCACGGUGUCGGCGAUCGACCAGGGGAAUCCGGGCACGCGCAAGCAGUCGUCGGCGAAGGUGAAGAUCAACGUGCAGGACACGAACGACAACGAUCCGAUCUUCGAGACGUCCAACCUGACGAUCUACGUCGACGAGAACGAACCGGCCGGCACGAUCGUGACGAAGGUGACGGCACGCGACAAGGAUCUUGGCGAGAACGCGUACAUCUCGUACAGCAUCGCCAACCUGAACGACGUCCCGUUCGAUAUCGAUCACUUUUCCGGCUCGGUGCGCACCUCCAAGCUGCUGGACUACGAGAGCAUGCGGCGGGAGUACGUGCUGCGGGUGCGUGCCAGCGACUGGGGGUUGCCGUACCGACGCCAGACGGAGAUGCAGCUCGUUAUAAAGCUGCGCGACGUCAACGACAACCGGCCGCAGUUCGAGCGGAUCGACUGCCUCGGGCGGAUACCGCGGUACACACCGAUCGGGACGGAGAUCUUCACGCUUUCGGCGCUCGACUUCGACUACGGCAGCGUGGUGACGUACCGGUUGCUAUCCGGCUUCGAGGACGGGUGCUUCAACCUCGACGCGGUCACGGGGAUUAUUUCCGUCGGCUGCGACCUGAACGACGUGGGCGUGGAGCAGCGUGAACUUAAUGUGACGGCCACGGAUGGGACGCACUUCGCCGACACGGCUCGGAUACAGAUCAAUCUGGUGCGCAACAAGCGUAACCUGGGCGCGAACCUGAAGGCUGAGGACGGCGCCACGUUCGAGUGCCGCGAGACGGGAGUGGCGCAGCGACUGACGGAGAUUAUGGCGGCGGCCGAGCGGAACAACAUGCCCGGGCGGGAUGCCGGCAAUGGGGGUGGUGGCGCGUCGGACGACUUUGCCAUGAUGCCGAGCCGAUACGGGGAGAACGUACACGCGCCGGAGUUUGUCGAUCUGCCGCUGGAGGUGAAAAUUAACGAAUCGAUGCCGCUGGGCACGACGAUCACGUGGAUAAAGGCGCGCGAUCGCGACCUUGGCUACAAUGGGAAACUUGUGUUCGGCAUUUCCGGCGGUGAUGACGAUUCCGUUUUUCGGCUCGAUCCCGAUAACGGGGAGCUGAAGAUCAUCGGAUACCUCGAUCGGGAACGGCAGGACGAGUACCUGCUCAACAUCACCGUGUACGAUCUUGGGAAGCCUCAGAAAUCGAUCUCGAAAAUCCUGCCCAUUACAAUUCUGGACGAGAACGACAAUGUGCCGCGGUUUGAAAAGUCACUCGCAAGCUUCCGCGUCACGGAGAACGCCUUGAAUGGGACGGUGAUUUUCCGCGUCAAUGCAACCGACGCCGACCUCGGGCAGAAUGCAAAGGUCACGUACAGUCUCGUGACGGACACGAAAGACUUUCGAGUGGACGCCGAAACGGGUGUCUUGAUGGUGGUUGCCCCACUCGACCGCGAGCGGCAGGAGGUGUACGAGCUGAAAAUUCGUGCCACAGACGGUGGAGGUGACCAAAACACGCCCGCCCUCUACUCGGACGCACUGGUGCGCGUCACCGUGGACGACAUCAACGACAACGCGCCCGAGUUUAGCGUGCAGGAUCUCACGGUGCGCAUCCGGGAGGAUGUCCCGCGGGGCACGGUGGUGACUGUGGUUUCCGCAAUCGACCUCGACAGCGGUCCGAGCAGCGAGAUCCUGUACAGCUUUGGCGAGAACGGCGACGGCGAGGGUUCGUUCCGGAUCGACAAGCAGUCCGGUACGAUCCGGACGGCGAAGAUGCUCGACUUCGAGGAGCGCCAGGUGCACAGCCUGAUCGUGAAGGCCAUCGACCGCGGGACGCCCUCGCUGUCGUCGGAAACGGCCGUCAUCGUGGAGGUGAUUGACGUGAACGAGAACCGGUUCGCACCGCAGUUCGAGGACUACGUGUUGGUGGGCUCGAUUGCGGAAAAUAAACCGCCCGGCGCGCAGGUGAUGCACGUCGUGGCGAAGGAUGCCGACCUUCCCGGGCCGGACUCGCGAGUCACCUACUCGAUUAAAGGAGGCGACGGUUUGGGCAUCUUUACCAUCGAUAAUGAAGGAACCAUACGCACCCUCGCCUCGCUGGAUCUGGAGACAAAGCCGAGCUACUGGUUGACGGUCUGCGCCCAGGAUCAGGCCGUCGUGCCCCUGCACUCCUGCGUUCAGGUGUUCAUCGAGGUGCUGAACGAAAACGACAACGUCCCGCUGACGCAAGAUGCCGUCUACUACCCGUCGGUGCCGGAGAGCAGCCCGGCGGGCGUGAAGGUGCUGCAGCUGGUGGCCGAAGACCGGGACAUUGAUCUGUACCAACAGAUUUCCUAUCGCAUUACGUCCGGCAACCCGGAGGGUUACUUUGCCAUCAACAGCUCGAGUGGAUUAAUAACAACCACCGCUCGGAAACUGGACCGUGAAAACCAACCGGAACAUAUUUUGGAGGUCCUGGUGAUGGAUAGCGGCGCACCGCAGCUUUCGUCGACGACGCGCGUCGUCGUGCAGGUGGAGGACAUCAACGACCAUGCGCCAGAGUUCGAUCAGAAAAUGUACAAAGUGCAGAUCCCGGCGAACGCGAAAAUUGAUCAACCUCUGUUCCAGAACGAUUACGCCAGCAGUGGCUUCGAGCCGCCGGAACUGGAGCUACCGGAACCAAUGCUGUCCGAUCCGGACGUCGGGCUCGACGACGCGGCCACCUGGGAGUCGUUUCCGGAGAAAAACUUCAACGAUCUGCAAGUCGUCUUUCGGGUUCUCGCCACGGAUCAGGACAUCGGCGAGAAUGGUCGCGUGACGUACUCGAUCAAGCCGGGCCGCGGGAAGGCGAAAAAGUUUCGCAUCGAUCCGGACACGGGCGUCAUCUAUGCGGCGCGCACGUUCGAGGUGGACACCGAGUACGAUCUGCUGGUGCGGGCGGAAGAUCACGGCGUGCCGAAGCGAUCGCAGCAGGCUCGCGUAGUGGUGGCGGUUGUGGGGGUGCCGCUGGAGUCGCACAACCCGCCCGUGGUCAAGACGGGUGACCAGCAUGUCGAGCUGACGGAGAGCGAUGUGCCCGGGUUCCUGGUGACUCUGAUACAGGCCUCGGAUCACGAUGGCGAGCAGCUGUGGUACGAUAUUGUUGGUGGUGAUGAUCGAAAUGAAUUCUACAUCGGCCGCGAUAACGGUAACGUGCUGCUGGCGAAAUACCUCGACUGGGAACGGCAGCGUGAGUACAACAUCACGAUCAGCAUCUCGGACGGAGUGCACACGGUCUACACGCAGCUGUACGUGUCGGUAAUCGACAUCAACGACCAUCGGCCCGAGUUUACUGAGUCCGUUUACCGCGUCGAUAUCUCGGAGAACAUCGAGGAGGGCAUGGAGGUGCUGCAGCUGCACGCCACCGACGAGGACGAGGACAAGAAGCUGUUCUACAGCCUGCACGCGGCCCGCGAUCCCAUCUCGCUGAAGCUGUUCCGGGUGGACUCCGUCACCGGGAGCAUCGUGAUGGCGCACCGGCUCGACCGUGAAACGCUCGCCGAGCACGUCCUCAUCGUAAUCGUGAAGGAUCAGGGUACGCCAGCGAAGCGGAACUACGCCACGGUCGUUAUAACCGUGCACGACCACAACGACCAUGCGCCCGAGUUUACGACGAAGAUUGUACAGGGUAAGGUGUACGAGACGGCUGCCAUUGGAACGCGAGUGGUUCAGGUGUACGCGAUCGAUCGGGACAUUGGUGAUAACGCGCGGAUUACGUACACGAUCGUAAGUGGCAACAUCGGGAAUGUGUUUGGCAUCGACUCGAACAUGGGUGUGAUCAGUGUGGCGAAGCAGCUGGACAUUAGCACCCUGUCGGAGUACAUGCUGCAGGUGAAAGCGACCGACGGUGGUAAACCGGCGCUCUCGUCGCAGAUCCCCGUGCAUAUCAUGAUCAACAUGGCUGACAAUGCGCCACCUCGGUUCACCUCGGAGGAUCCCGCCGCGGAGAUUUACGAAAACCUUCCGAUCGGUACGUUCGUUAUCCAUCUGGAAGCGCGCAGCACCUCGUCGCUGCUGUUCCAGAUCGUCGGCGGUAACGUGGACGAUGUGUUCUUCAUCAACCCCUCAACGGGCGUCAUCACGACGAAGGAUCUACUAGACUACGAGCACAACAAGUUCUACAAUCUAACGGUGCGUGCAACGAACAUGGCAUCGGCAUCGGCCACCUGCUCGGUGAUCAUAAAUGUGCUCGACAAGAACGACAACGUGCCGUACUUCGAGCAGCAGGUGUACCGUGGAGAGGUCUCGGAGGCCGCUCCGAUCGGAUCGCUGGUGUUGACCCUCUCCGAGCCGAUGCUCACGCAGGCGAACGGAAACGGAGCGCUUUCCGGUACCACCGGAAACAACAACCAUAUGGUAAACGCUUCGCUGCCGCUCGUCAUCAAGGCGAAGGAUGACGAUUCCGGCCUGAACGCCCUAUUGCACUACGACAUCCUGGACAUGCUGCCUAGGAGGUACUUCCACAUUGACUCGAGCACCGGUGCGAUCAAGACGAUCAUGUUCCUCGAUCACGAGAAGAUUCCAUUCUUCAGUUUUCACGUUAAGGUAACUGAUCUCGGCAAACCUCGUUUGACAUCGGAACUAACGGCGGAGGUGCGCAUCAACAUCACCGACGUGAACGACUGCGCACCGAUGUUUUCCCAGAAGGAGUACAACGUAACGCUCCUGCUGCCGACCUAUGCCAACGUAGCCGUGCUGCAGGUGAACGCGACGGACGAGGAUAGCUCGGAGAACUCCACCCUGCGCUACGACAUCAUCGAGGGUAAUCGGGACGGUGUGUUCGCCAUUGAUGCUCAGUCCGGUAUCAUUACGACACGGGACGUCGAAAGCAUCGGUCCAUCGUAUCGGUUGGCGGUGCGCGUCUCCGAUGGCAAGUUCGCCAAAGUGGCCCAGGUGUACAUCAACGUCGAGACGUCCGAGAACUCCGGACUCAUCUUCCAGCGGCCAAUCUACGAGGGUUCUAUCAUGGAAAACAGCACCAAGAUCAGCACGGUCGCGGUGGUGAACGUACUCGGCUCGAACCUGAACGAACACAUUGAGUUCAACAUACUCAACCCGACCGAUAUGUUCCGCAUCGGCCUGACGUCCGGUGCGAUACAAACGACGGGUCAAAAGUUCGACCGUGAGGUGCGCGACAACUACGAGUUGAUUGUGGAGGCACGUUCGCAGCAACCGGACCGCGAAAAACCGCGCGUGGCGCACGUCAUCGUGAACGUGACGAUUCUGGACAUCAACGACAACUGUCCGAUGUUUGUGAACCUACCGUACUACGCGGUCGUGUCGGUGGACGAUCCGCGCGGCUCGGUCAUCACGAAGGUACACGCCCUCGAUUUGGACAGCUUCGAGAACGGCGAGGUGCGAUACGAGAUGAAGCGUGGCCAUGGGGAGCUGUUCAAGGUGGAUCGCAAGACGGGCGAAGUGACGCUGAAGCAAACGCUCGAGGGUCACAACCGGGACUACGAGCUGCUCAUAUCGGCGUACGAUGGAGGUAUAACGCCCUGCUCGACGGAUGUUACCGUCCACGUUAAGGUGAUAGAUAAAUCGAUGCCGGUGUUCAGCAAGCAGUUCUACUCGGACACGGUGGCGGAGAACAUCGAGCUCCACUCGCCACUGUCGGUCGCCAUCCAGGCGGAGAGCCCGCUCGGCCGGAAGCUGAUCUACAGCAUCGUGAAGGGCAACGAGCUGGAGGAGUUCGCCGUCGAUUUCAACACAGCACCGGACAGUACAAACGGGCCAUGUGCCAUCUACGUCGUGGACGAGCUGGACUACGAGCGACUGCAGAGUUAUGAACUUUUAAUUAGAGCCACCGACAGCGUGUCGGGCGUAUCGGCGGAGGUUCCGGUGUCGGUGCUGGUGCAGGACGUGAACGACUGCCCGCCGGAGAUCGAGCAGGACAGCUACAACAUCACCGUGUCGGAGCGGGCUCCCUUCGGAACGGCCAUCCUGAAGGUGCAGGCGAAAGACAACGAUACCGGCAUCAACCAGGUCAUAAACUAUGUCCUUCAGACGGACUCGAAGAACACCUCCGAGCACUUCCACAUGGACCCGGUCGACGGCGUGAUCUAUCUGAAGAAAUCGUUGGACCACGAGACGCUAAGCCAUCACCAUUUCACCGUCGUCGCAUCCGAUAAGGGUGUGCCGAGUCUCAGCUCGACCGCCCACGUUUGGGUUUCAGUGAUGGACAUGAACGAUAACCCGCCGAAGUUCGAGCAACCCUCGUACUCUUGUGUCCUUUCGGAGCACGCUUCCCGCGGCCAGUUUGUGACGGUCGUGUCUGCCUCCGACCCGGACUACAUAGACCACGAUCGGCUCGUGUACACGAUCGCCCAGGGCAACGAGCUGCAGACGUACGGCAUCGAUCCGGUGACCGGCAUCAUCACGCUGGUCAACAUGCAGAACUUUGCCGAGAAGCACGUCUCGAUCCUGAACGUUUCGGCGACCGAUGGCGUCUACACGAGCUUCACGCGUGUGAAAAUUACCAUCCUACCGGCCAAUCUGCACAAUCCCACGUUCGAGCUGCUGAACUACGAGGCGAAGGUGGACGAGAAUCAGCUCGCCGGUCGACUCGUCACAACGGUCAAGGCAACGGAUAAGGACUUUGGCGAGUACGGUCGGCUGGCGUACUCCAUCAUCUCCGACGACAUGCAGGAGUACUUCUCGAUCGACAAGGAGAAGGGCGAAAUCGUCACGAAGAAAAAGCUCGACCGGGAGGAGCGAAUGCAGUACGAGGUGCCGGUGAUGGCGGUGGACGCCGGUGGACGGGCCGGUUUCAGCACGGUCCGCAUCCGGAUCGGGGACGAGAACGACAACCAGCCGGUGUUCCAGUAUCGCGAGUACAAGACGCUCAUCCAGGGCAACCUGACCGUCAACACGACGUUCUACCGGGUGCGGGCGGUCGACGCGGACGACAAUCAGAACGCCGUGGUGAAGUACUCCAUCUUCGAUGCGGCCAACAGCGGCAUCCGGGAGCUGUUCGGGGUGGACGAGAACACCGGUGGUCUCUACCUGAAGAAGAGUGCCGUGCAGUGGGAAAACCAGCUGUUCCAGUUCUUCAUACGCGCAAACGAUGGGGGUACUCCUUCGCUCUACUCGGACGUCCCGAUCGAUAUCUACGUGAUGAGUUCGGCUGAGAAUCCACCGCUUUUCGAGAAGAAGGAUCGUAAGCUGUUCCUAUCGGAGAGCUCGCUGCCGGGAACGGUCAUCACUCGGUUGCGACUGUCCGGCAACGUAACCGCACACUAUCGUAUCCUUUCGGAUGAGCUGGAGGAGCCACAGUUCACGAUCAAUGACGCCGGUCAGCUGCGGUUGGCGAAGACGCUCGAUCGGGAGACGCGGGACUCGCACCUGAUCGCGAUACUGGCCGAGACGGACUCCAGUCCACCGCUGACGGCCGUAACGGAGAUCGUACUGCACGUGCAGGAUGAGAAUGAUAACACACCGAUCUUUGAGAGUAAUCCUUAUUCGUUUACGCUGGCGGAGAACAUCGAGAAAGGUAGUUCGAUCAUGAAGCUGACGGCACGGGACGCGGAUAGCGGUAACAACGGGGAUAUCAGGUACGCCCUGUCGCCAGAUGUUGGGGACAUCGUAAACAUCUUCGAUGUGGAUGCGUACACGGGCUGGAUCACGACGCUGGUACCCCUGGACAAGGAGAAGCGGGAGGACUACAAGUUCCAGGUGAUUGCCACGGACAAUGGGCAGCCGAAACAUACGACCCGCUCGACGGUGAUCAUACGCCUGAAGGACUACAACGACUGUCCGCCGGUGUUCAAGGAGACGCACUACCGCGCGACGGUAAACGAGGACGCCCUUCCGGGGACGGUGGUACUGCAGAUCUCUACCACGGAUAAGGAUGUCGACCUGAAGACGGCCGUUGAGUACUACAUCAUCUCGGGCGACUCGUUGUCGCAGUUCCAGAUCAAAAACACCGGCGAAGUGUUCGUCGUGAAGGCACUCGAUCGGGAGAGCAUCGCCGAGUACGAGCUGAAGGUGAUCGUUACCGACGGCAAGUACACGUCGACGGCGAACAUCUCGGUCACGGUGCUGGAUGCGAACGAUAACCCACCGUACUGCUUGAAGUAUCGCUACCGAGAGGAACUCAGUGAAGGUGCUCGACCCGGCACGCCCGUCCUGCAGGUUCUCGCCAACGAUAUGGACGAACCGGCGAACAGUCGACUGCGGUUCUACCUCACCGGCACCGGGGUGGAAGACUUCAAUCUGGACAAAGACUCGGGUCACCUGAAAACGGCACGCAAGCUCGACCGUGAGACGCAGUCCAGGUACAGUCUGAUGGCGCACGUGCAGGAUCGCGACCAUCCCGGGUGGGAGUGUUCGUCGCAGAUCGAGCUCGCGCUGACCGACCUCAACGACAAUCCGCCCGAGUUCUCCAUGAACCCGUACAGCGUGACGCUUCCGGAGGACGCCGAAGUGGGUACGCUAGUGACGAAGAUCCACGCGACCGAUGCGGAUAUCGGGAUCAACCGGAAGAUCAAGUACGCGUUCCUUGACUCGUACCGUGAUCACUUCCGUAUCGCACCGGAAUCGGGCAUUGUGACGCUUGCGAAACCACUCGAUCGGGAGCUGAAAGCCCUCUACAAUCUGUCCGUAUCGGCGAUCGAUCUUGGGCAUCCGCCUCUUUCGAACUCGGCCACGCUCAUCAUCAACGUGCAGGACAUCAACGACAACCCGCCCGAGUUCACCUCGAAGCACUACUUCGCCUCGGUACCGGAGAUCAAUUCGAUCGGGUCGGAGAUACUGAAAGUGCUCGCCACCUCCAAGGAUACCGGCAUCAACGCGGAGAUCUCGUACUCGAUCAUCGGUGGCAACGAGCAUCGGAAGUUUACGAUCAACAACAAAACGGGAAUACUUUCGUUGGCGGACACGUUGGAUUACGAGCGGGCGCGGGACUACUUCCUCACUAUACAGGCUGUCGAUGGUGGAACGCCACCGUUGAGUAACCUGGCUACGGUGAACAUCUCCGUGACGGACAGUAACGACAACCAUCCGCAGUUCACGCAGAACUCGUACAACGCCCGUAUCCGUGAGGACGCUCAGCGUGGCGAUCGGAUACUGCAGGUUCGCGCGAACGAUCUCGACGCGGAGGACAAUGGACGUGUGAGCUACACGAUCGAGCGGGGUGAUCGGAUGGAACAGUUCGCGAUCGAGGAGGACACCGGGUACAUCUCGGUGGCGGGCACCCUCGACCGGGAGUCGAUCUCGAGCUACGUGCUGGAGGUGCAGGCUCGCGAUCAUGGCGUUCCGACGCUGACGGCGUACGUGCUGGUAAACAUUGAGAUUUCCGACGCCAACGACAACCCGCCGAUGUUCACGCAGUCCAACUACACGGCGGUCGUGCAGGAGGACAAGCAGAUCGGGCACACGCUGUUGAAGUUCGAUGUGACCGAUGCCGACACGGGUCAGAAUGCGGCCCCAUAUACGUUCGACUUCCGGGCGGGUAACGAAGGUGGUACGUUCCGCAUCGAGCAGGACGGUAUCCUCCGUACGGCCACACGCUUCAGUAGUAAAAUCCGCGAUAGCUAUCAGUUGCAGGUGCGGGUGUUCGACAAUGGCACCCCGCCACUCUACUCCGACACCUGGGUGCUGGUGAAGGUGAUCGAGGAGUCACAGUAUCCGCCGGUUAUCACACCGCUCGACAUCGCCAUCAAUUCGUUCAUGGACGAAUACCCAGGCGGUGUGAUCGGGAAGGUGUACGCCACCGAUCAGGACCAGUACGACACGCUCACGUACGGGCUGGCACCAACCGUCGGCGUGCUCUAUUCGCCCACGAACCUCUUCAACAUCUCGCGCAACGAUGGAGUGAUCUACGCCUACCCGCGGCUCGACGUCGGCGACUAUCGCGUCAACGUCACCGUCACCGAUGGAAAGUUUUCCUCGUUCACCAUCGUGAAGGUGUCGGUGGAGCUGAUCAACGAGGAGAUGCUCACGAACGCGGUUGUCAUACGCUUCAUCAAGGUGUCCCCGGAGACGUUUGUGCUGAGCCACCGGAAGGGUUUCAUCCGCUCGGUGCGAAACGCGAUCGGGUGUAAGAUAAAAGACAUCAUCAUCAUCUCGGUGCAGCCAUCGAGUGACGAUAUGAACCUGAUUCAGCACCGGCUUUCGCGACGCUCGCUUGGAGGGCUGGCGAACGUGACCUCAACGGAGGAGGAGAAUCUUAGUUCACGCACCCGGCGCAACACGAACCGCGACCUGGACGUACUGUUCACGGUACGGAAAAGUCAAACCGGUGGGUACUAUGCGGCGCACGAAAUCCGACGGUCGAUCGAGGAAAACCUCGAGGAGAUCGAGGACGCCACCAAGCUGCAGAUCGACGAGGUGGUGAAGUCCAAGUGUUUGCCAAACUUUUGCAUCCACGGCGAGUGCGAGGAUCGGAUCGUGCUGGAUCCGAAGAUCAUCCACCCGGUGUCGACGGAUGUGACGAGCUUCGUGUCGGCCCGGCACUCCCACCGUAUGGAGUGCAGCUGCAAGGAGGGUUACGGCGGGGAGAAGUGUCAGCAUGCGGUCAACGAGUGCUCCAAGUCGCCGUGUCCGAGCUACAAGACUUGCAUUCCCGACUCCUCCGAUCAGGGCUAUCAUUGCGCGUGUCGGGAGGGUUUCGCCGGUCCGAAAUGCGACCGGGACAUUACGCUGUGCAACGACGAGACGUGCUACGUGCCGCGGAACCCGGUGUCGUUCGGUGGCAAGAGUUACGCGCACUACCGGAUCGAGAAGGAGAUCGCUCGGAAGAACCUGGAGGACCAGCUGGUGCUGAGUCUGCGCUUGCGCACGGUUCAACCUACCGGUAACAUCAUGUACUCGGCCGGGAAGGUGGAUUUCAACAUUCUCGAGGUUAUGAACGGCGUCAUCCAGUACCGGUUCGAUCUGGGCUCGGGCGAGGGAAUGGUGAGUGUGUCCAGCAUCUUCGUAUCGGACGGGCUCUGGCACGAGGUGCGACUCGAGCGUGAGGGUAACAGCGCCAAGGUGUUCGUGGACGGAAAGCACGUAGCGCAGGGCAAUGCACCCGGGGUGAACGGAGUACUCAACCUGCAGUCGGACGAUAUCUUCUUCGGUGCGGAAGUGAAGCAACACCCUACCGUGCUUGGGUUCGAGGACGUUCAGAAGGGUUUCAUCGGCUGCAUGGAUGACAUUCGGUUGUCGAAAAUACCCGUCCCCUUGCACAUGAACGGUGCCAGCACGGUGGCCAGCUUGCGCCGGUUCGCGAACGUAGAGUUCAGUUGUGACGCGGUGUCGGUUCUUGUGCCGCUGGGAGUCUGCGGUACGCAACCGUGCUGGAAUGGAGGCACCUGCAAGGACAUCGGAGGUGGUAACUUUGAGUGUCUGUGUCAUUCGCGCUUCUCCGGUCCUUUCUGCAAGGAAGACCUCGACCCGUGCUCCUCCUCGCCGUGCCUGUACGGUGGUAAGUGUUCGAAGAUUGGCUUCGGGAACUACACCUGCGACUGUCCGGCACGGAUGUCUGGCAAGCGGUGUGACUAUGGGCGCUUUUGUACCCCGAAUCCGUGCCGCAACGGUGGAGUGUGCGAGGAGGGUGAUGACGGACCGCUCUGCAUGUGCCACGGGUACACCGGAACGACCUGCGAAACCGACAUCGACGAGUGUGAACGGCAACCGUGCGGUAAUGGUGCGACGUGCAUCAACGAAGCCGGUAGCUUCAGCUGCAUCUGUCCACCGGAGAUGACGGGUACCAGCUGUGGUGAUCCGCUCAACACGAACGCCCUGACGAUCGCCCUCAAGAAGGUCACGCCGGAGAUGUUCUACAUUACGGCAAGCAUCAUCGGUACGAUUCUGAUGGUGGUCGUUAUCUGGGGUGUGGUGUGCGCCUGCAAAAAGAAACGUCGUUCGAACCGUCACGAAAAGAUCAACAACGAAGCGAACAAGGGAAUCGUGCUGAACCCGGUCUCGGACACUGCCGGGGGUUAUAAGCGAGGCUCGAAGAUGAGUAACCUCGAGAUUCAGCGCGAUCAGCGACCGGUGUCGUACACACCGAGCAGUAACAACGCGGCCGAGCACAUGUACAGCUGCAAUGCGGCCUCAAUGCUGCAGUACAACAAUCUGGAUACGCUGCGCAGCUACGGGUCGGCCGGGGACGAGCUGGAAAAUGUUCCUCCCGAGUACCGCAAGGGUGGCAUCGUACCUUCGACACAGCAGAUGGUUAACAUUAACGGCGGUGGUGGUACGGCAAACACCACCUCGAGUGACACCGAGUCGCUGCACAAGCAGAAGUGGACCGAUCAGAUCCAACUGCAGACGUUCAAUCACGACAAGCUCAACAACGACAUGAAGCGACUCGCGCAGAACGCCUCACCGGAUCCAUCAUAUCACCACCAUCAGCAUCAUCAGCAUCAACAGCAACAGCAGCAACAACUACAACCCCUUUUGCACCAGCAACCACACCCGGCGACCCACCAUCACCUCCGAGCGUCACCGAUGCAGCUCAAGCCACCGCAGAUAGGCAUCCUACCCGGUCGGCUUUUGAACACGCAGCACUCGCCAACGAUGCUGAUGCCACCGCACAGCUUCGAGGAUCCACCGUCGCACCAUGGCAGUACCGCCGCGUACCACUGGGACUGUUCCGAUUGGGUCGGACGCGGGCACCAUCCGCUGCCAAACAUCACCGAAGUUCCGGGCAGUGAGGUACCGGACUCGUCCAGCUUCCACAGCAACGAAAGCAAUGAAUCGCACCCGAAGAACAGUCUCCUUCCGCCGAUCCUGGGUCCCGUGGACUCGACGCGUGACAUCGAGACGCUCAACGAGGACAACGAGUCGGAGUUUGUGGACGAUUCGGAGUGCGACCAGAGUGAGCAGCCGCUUUCGUUGGGUUUCGAGCAGAACUCCUCCAUAUCCUGCCUCAACCCGCUCGACAGUGGUAGUGAAGAUUAUAGAUUUAAUACAGUGCCUUUAAAAGUUAAUACACCUGAUAGUUAUCUGCGUCAUCCGAACAGCUACUUGCCGAAGUAUAACAUACAGAGCGAGACGGAGGGCGAAAAUGUGCCACUGACGGGCCGGAAGCCGCUGAACGGGCUCGAGAUCGGGCGGCAUCAGCUGGUCGAGUCCGACGACGACGACGUCGAGUCGUACGGGUUCCCGCAAACGCGCCGUAACCGUCGCGAACCCAGUGAUAUCGAUUUAGUUUUAAAAACCGACGAAGGUAGCUCUCUGCUAAGCCAUUCCCGCACCCUCAACAGCUCCAACCACUCGAAUAGCGACCUCUCGACGCAGCUCUGCGAGAUCGACGAUUCCGAAUACGAGCAGGAUCAUCAACCACAUCCACAGCAUCACCACCAUAUCCAACAGCCGGCACCACCAUCGGGCAACGUGUCCGGUGGUUCCUCCUCGGCCAGCGGCAGCCAGACCGGCUCGAUCUCGACCAGCAGCGGGGCCACGGCCAAGCCGAAGCAGCAGAAGGUCAAGUGGAGCAACGUGGUGCAGCACACGGAAGUUUGA